GACACCCGCGUGACGAAGCUGGACGAUGUGGGCGGAAUGAUGCUGGUGGAAGCGUUCAGCGUUGUCCCCGCGGUCGUCGACGAUCCUUACGUAAUGGGCAAGAUCGCUUACGCCGUUGCUCUCGGCGGCGUUUACUCGCUGGGCCUCGCCAGAUGCUCCAGCACCAGGAUGAUCCUGGCCGUUUCCGACCAAAUGAAGGACGACGAGAGGAAGACGGUGCUGUCGAUGACGACACGCGGUUACGCGGACGCGGCGAGGGCGGCCGACAUGUCCGUCAAGGACUGCCAAGUCCUGCGAAACUCGUGGUGCCUGUUCGGCGGAACCGCCACGGCGGUGUGCCACCCCUACGAGAUAGUCCAGCCAGUGGACGCGACCGUCGGUGACGUCAUAGUGCUGACAAAGCCGCUCGGGACGAUGGUGGCCCUCACGAUAUCCGAUUGGAUGAGGCAGCCCGAGAAGAAGAGCAGACUUGUGCUAACCAUCACGGAGGAGAGCGUCGAGAAAGCUCGCUCGCGAGCUAUCGACUGCAUGAUCAGGAGCAAUCGCGUCGCCGCCAUGCUCAUGCGAAAGUAUAACGCUCACGCCGCGUGCGAGGUGGGGUCCUACGGUGUCCUGGGACACGCGGAGCUUCUGGCGCGACGGCAGACGAACAGCGUCGGCUUUAUCAUUCACAACAUGCCGGUGAUCGCGAGGAUGUCCGCGACCUCGAAAAUCACGGGGAACGCGUUGCCGUUGCUGCAAGGAGAGAUGGCCGAGGUGUCGGGAGGACUGUUGGUGGUCCUGCCGCGCGAGCAAGCGGCCGCGUAUUGCAAAGCCCUGGAAAAGAUCGAGCGCAGGCAAGCGUGGAUCGUCGGGAUUGUCGAGAGUGGCGAUCGCACGGCGCGGGUGAUCGAGAGACCGCGGGUGAUCGAGGUGCCUGCCAAGGAUAACGGUGUCUCUCUAUGCUCUUGGUCCCGGAACCGGUCUACGGACCUCGCGUAUACCCUGGAGGAGGACAACGCGGCCCGCGAGGAAAGGACGCCGACGCCGGGCGUCGUGGAGCCGGAGGAUUCCGGCCGCGAGCACGACGAUGAUCCUUACGAAUACGACGACGACAUCAGGCCGCCGACAACGUCCGGCGAGCACGUCCGCGACGUUGACUCCGACGAGGACGAGGAGUGCCUGUCUCUGUUCGAGGCGGCGAAUUAUCUUGUCUCGGGUUCCUCGGUGCCAACUACGAAAGUCAGCGCGCCCUGCUGGGGAUGCAAGGGCUGCGCCGUCGAGGGCUUGCCGUUGUUCCUCCUCGGCUCGCCAGCGGAGGCGUCCCGCACGUGCACCUCCUUCUUAUGUAGCAACCGGGUGAGCCAAAUGACCAAGACCUAUAAUGACAUAGAGGCAGUUACAAGGCUUCUAGAGGAGAAAGAGAAAGACUUGGAGCUGACAGCGCGCAUCGGCAAGGAACUGCUGGCACAUAAUCAGAAACUCGAGACAACGGUGAACGCGCUAGAAGCUGAGCUGAAGGAGGCGAACGAGAAGAUCACCCAGUUGAACCAUGAAGUGUUGAAGAAGACCGAGCUGAUACAGAUACUAACGAACGAUGUGGACGAGUCUAGCUCGGAGGCUGGAACUCCCACCGGCCUUUGCGGCAUCAAUUUGGACGUGCUGCAAAGGAAGGUCACCAGCCUCGAGGAGGAGAACAAGCAGCUGCGCAACGAGUUCGUCAAGCUGGUAUGCGAUACCGACGACACCGAAGAGCAGGAGGCACGCCUCGUGAAAGACAUUGCCGCGCAAUUAGCAAGUGCCAAUAUGGAAGUGGACGGCAUAGCGGAGGAGCUCGGUCGCCAGAAGGAGGAGAACCGACUGCAGCAUGAGCAAAUAAUUAGUCUCACUGCAAAACUAGCCGAGACGGAGCUCAGGCUCGCUCAGCUUUUGACGGAACACGACGAGGUGGGACAUACUCUAGUCAUCACUAGGGAGAAUCAAAAUACGCUCGCUAGUGAACUAGCCGAAUUCAAAGAGCGAUAUGCGGAGGUGAUGAACUUACUAGACGAAGCCCAGGAACAGUUGCGAAAGCAAAGAAGACGCGGGAUGCCGAUUGUGCGCGGCGGAUCGCUGUUUCCAUCCAUGGGCGCGGCGCCACAGCCGGAUUCUAUCGCAUCGGAAUUGGAGAUGUCCCUUUAUUCGGAGAAUUCCAUUGAUUCUGGGAUCAGCACAGGCGAGAGAUUGUUGCCAACCUACAAGAAGGUGUUUGAAACCGUUCGUAGCGCGUCGCGAGCGUCACACACGGGAAUGGACCCCAAUCAAUUCCCCAGGUUAGGUUCCAUGACAACGUCAACGUUGUCCAGCAGUUCUGCUGGCCCGCGCAUGAGUUGCGGACAAUUGCGACCUCAGACAUCCACGUUUCCCAGCUUGGAUUCCACCGGUCACAGUGAGAGCAGUGAGGGAUCUCUUCUCACCGAGUCGGAAGAUUAUCCGGGACCGCAACGAACGGGCGUGCCUGGCGCUCCCGGUGCGGCGGAUCUGGAAGCCGCUUUGCGCCGCUUAACGCCGGCUGAGGUGAUAGCGAGGCGCGCGUGUCUCCUCACAGGCGUCAAUUACAAAGACUAUUAUGACGACGGCACGAUACAUUCCCCGCCAACCUUUCUGCCUUUCGACUGUCGCACUCCGGACAGCAUCAUGUCGACCGGCAGCAGCGGAAAUCUGAGCGGCUUCAGCGGCAACGCCUGGCGCAUCCCAGGCGGCCGCGCCCUCGAGGACCUCGGCCUCAUAACGUUCGCGCUGAGCGAUCUCGAGGAGGACGAGGAGUACACGAAUCCCGGUAAGCCGUUCCAGGACACCGGCUCCGUUUACACGUUCACCAACAGCACGGUGAUGCAUCCGGACGAUCACACGAGCAGCAGCGUGACGGCGAGCAUCGUCGGCAGUCGCGUCGCCACGGCGCCUAACAGCGGCAUGAACUCCGGCAUGAACUCCGGCAUGAACUCCGGCAUGAGCACCCCGCGCACGCACAGCCGCCGCAACUCGACGUCCACGUUCUCCACCACGCUCGGGCUGGCCAAGAUGCUGAACGAAAGAGGGAUCAAAGCCGUGACGCCGUCGUGCGUCGGCACGCCGACCGACGAUCGCAAUUUCACGCCGACCGCCACGCCGUGCAACAGUCCGGACGCGAGCCUCUCGCCGAGGUCGUCGUCACCGCCGCCGGAGGGCGCCGCCUCUCUCACAUUCGGACUGCUCAGCAGCGGCGCGGAGCUGCUGAGGCGCACCUUCAGUUACGAAACACCGGCGCCGCCGCAGCCGAAGAAGAAGAGACCCAAGUCGACGAUCACGCGCUCGGACAAGAAGGCUCUCACGGGGAUACGUCUGGUGGAGAAGCUGGAGAGGAUCGGGAUCGACACGAUCAUGGCCACCACCGUCAGCUCGUCGAUCUCGCCGUUGGCACUGCAGGGCGCCCUGUACACGCGCCGCUCGACCGGGAGUCCAAUGGCGCAGCUGACUUUCCUCAAAACUACGAUGUCCUCCAGCACCAGCCAAGAGAAGUUGGUGUCGCCAUCGUCCUCGUCGUCCUCCGCCAGUGACGAGCUUCUGUCGAGCAAACCGCCAUUGCCGGGCGGCAAGCAGUCCGAAUCGAGCGCGUCCGGUUCUAAUGCAUUUAGCUCGAGAACAGCGGGUCAGUCGCCGGAUCGGCAACGACGAUCGGGCGCUAGAGCGACGAGGCCGGAUCUCGGACGGGUUAAGCCGCCAGCCUCGACGCCUGUCACUAAGGAAUCCGCCACGCAAUCGGCGCUGGGCGCGAUAAGCUCACUUUUGUUCGGUCGUAAGGGCGGUUUGUUGUGAAUACUUCGUAGAGUCUGUAAUGCGCAGGGAAACGGAUCGAUCAAUUCCAGUGGAUUUAUUUUCGAUGUAUUUGCGAAAGAGCAGCUCAUUUUUGUUGAUUACAUUUUUCGGAGGUUUCGGUUCUACACGUUAUUGCAUGAUACGCGCCUGUCGGCGGCAUUGUUGAUUGUCAGCAUUUAGAUUUAUCCGUUGAUUCGUACGCUGCGGUUUUCAAUCCAACAUGAUGCAAAAGUUUCAAAUCAUUUUUGUUUAUUUAAUAAUUUAUACAAAGUCAGAUUGUCUUAUAUUCUGUACAAUGAAAUUGUCGUGUUAUAAGUUUUAUCCGUAACAUUGCAAUAGAUUAGAAGCGAGACACAUACAGAAGGGCCAGUUUCUUAAACGUACUUUGUACAGUGAGCAAGAAAUCAUUGUAUAGCUUCAAUUUUAUCAUUAAAGAUUAUAAUGAAUUUAAAAGCGGGGCAUGCAGAAGGCUAGAUCUUUUGAUAGCUUGUAAAUGAGGGAAAAUAUUAUAAAUGAAGAUAUUUUAAAGAU